AUGGAGCCCUUACAGCCGCACCAACUUCUCUCUCUGGUAGACGAGCUUGGACAAGCGGCAGUUGAAGAGGCCAGCAGUUGCCGGUCACCACAGUCUCACAGUCGGCUCUUGAGUCUUAUUGACCAGUUAAGACUCGCCGUUGAGACGCCUGCGGAGACGGUGCUUCGGCUCAUCUACCAGCCACCGCAAAAUGCUGCUCUCCGGACAGCAAUUGACCUUGGUGUGUUUGACCAUCUCAUCAGUAGAGGGAGGAAAGGAAUCUCAGCGAGCGAGCUCUCCACACAUACCAAUGCCGAGAGAGCCUUGAUCGUACGCUUGAUGCGGGUUAUCACAGCCUUGGGCCUAUGUGCAAAUCCGCAACCAGAAGUUUAUCAGUCCAAUAGCAAGACAUUCAUGUUGACUCAACCCAUUGGAAGAGACGGUGUACGAUGCAUAUAUGAUCUGACAAUGCCGACACUGGCAAGGCUACCGGAAUACUUUCGCGAGCACCACUAUACAACUCCUAAGGAUUACUCGCAAUCGCCAAUGUGCUGGGCUGUCGGGCAGAGUCAAUUCGAGUGGCUUGCUCAACGCCGACACCAGCAGGUCCUCUUCAACUCCUACAUGUCGAGUCGGCGCGAGGGUAGGCCGGCCUGGUUUGAUGUGUAUCCUCUGAACCGCCUCAUGACGCCCCCUCUUACCGACAACAACGUCCUGCUGGUUGACGUUGGAGGCAACCAAGGCCAUGACCUGGUUAGAUUCCGAAAGAAGCAUCCGCAGGCCCCGGGAAAACUGAUUCUGCAAGAUCUGCCCGCGGUGGUAGCCGGCCAUACUAGCGAGACUAUUGAGGCGAUGGCGUACAGUUUCCUUGAUCCGCAGCCUGUCAAAGGUGCACGAAUAUACUAUUUCCGCGCCAUUUUCCAUGACUGGCCAGACCACAUCUGCCAGAAGAUCCUCCAAAACACUGUCGCGGCAAUGGAUGCGCACUCCCGGAUCAUCAUCGUCGACUUUGUGCUCCCCGAUACGGACACGCCACUGCUGCAGGCCUCGCUCGAUAUUCAGAUGCUGAGCAUUGGAUCCGGGGCAGAGCGAUCCAAGCGCCAGUGGAUCGAGAUGCUGCAGGCGGCUGGCCUUGAGAUUCGCGGGAUCUGGAGUGGCAGUCCAGGGAUGGAGUCUGUCAUCGAGGCUGCGCCGGUGCAGCUCAACAUGACGCGAAACUUUGACUGA